AUGAAAUUGCUCAACUGUACUAGCCUCGAAAUUGAGGAGUAUUAUGGGUCAUCGAUUCCCGAAAAGUAUGCGAUAUUGUCCCAUACUUGGGAAUCUGGCGAGGCUAGCUUUCAAGACGUCGGCAAUACCGAGGUUAUGGCUAGCAAGUCAGGCUGGGCGAAAAUCAAGCAGACAUGCCGUCUAGCUCUUGACCAGGGCCACUCGCACGCGUGGAUUGACACGUGCUGUAUCGACAAGACGAACUUUACGGAGCUGACUGAAGCUAUCAAUUCCAUGUUCAAAUGGUACGCGAGGUCAACGACAUGCUACGCGUAUCUGGCGGAUAUCGGCGCCGACGAGUCUUUGCAGUUCCAAGAUUCGCGCUGGUUCACGCGCGGGUGGACUCUACAAGAACUUAUUGCGCCACGUCAAGUCGAGUUCUACGACAAGAAUUGGAACUUUCUGGGCACGAGAGCUGAUCUCAGCAACAAGAUGGAAGAAAGAACUGGCAUCGAUAAAGACUUUUUGACCAAUACGACUGAAGCUGUGGAAGAUAUGCUUCCUGACAUCCCCAUCGCUCGUCGCAUGUCGUGGGCAGCGGACCGGGAAACUACUAGGGAUGAAGACCUCGCCUACUGCCUUUUGGGCAUCUUCGGCGUGAAUAUGCCACUUCUUUACGGCGAAGGUCCAAGGGCUUUCAUGCGACUGCAAGAAGAAAUUAUAAGAGACACCCAUGACACGUCAAUACUUGCCUGGAGCCACCCAAAUCCGAAAUCAACCGAUCCAAACCAGACCCCGCAGCACCUAUUUGGCGUUUUAGCAACGUCACCAAGGCUAAGAGACUUCUACGGAGUUGUGCACUUUAGAGUUGUCAUACUAGACAGCGGGCCCGGUGGGCGGAAUCCCGUAGGUCAGGACUUUGUCGUGGCUACUUGGUUCCAGGGCGGCGGUCUAGACCAGCCCGAAAUGCGUCUGGCUACUUCGACAGAGCGAAGUGAGCUUUACAACGCAGUGAUGGCGAGAGACACUGAUUCGUGGCAGCCUCUUUGCAUGCGGCAAAAGGUGCAGCCCAUCGACGUGUGGCUUGGAGAGGACAGAGCAAAGCAGCCGCGACGUCUUGUUGAUCGUGUCAAGUCGAAGCUUGCUGAGAAGUGGAGGUUUUCUGCCUCUCCCCAGAUGUCAACGAUAAUGGGGACAUCACGGAAACACUCAGUGAGGAUUACGAUUACACCAGUGAAGGCUUAG